AUGAGUUUGCCUGUCACACCGGUGAAAAUUAUACGAAAACGCUUACCUGAUCAUUUAAAGUGUCGGGUUUGUGGAGAGUCCGUAUCUGUUCAAGGAGGACUUUAUAGAAUUUUUGGGGGGAAAGUAAAAACGCGAGAUGUACAUAAAAUGCUUGAAAAGCUUCUCGGUUGUUUUCUUAGCGAGUCUACUGGUUCGCCAGUAUUAUGCAAAAAAUGUUUUCGUAGAUUGGAACGCUACGAAAGUACACUUGAAGAAAUAGCAAAACUGAAAGAAUCCCAUCGGAAAAAUUGCGAAGAAUGGAGUUCCGAAAAUAUACGGCGCAAAAGAUGUGUGAACUCGCCUGGCCAUGGUGUGAAGAGGAUUUCUUCAGUUCCGCAGCGAAAUAUACAAACUGUGAGGCGUUCAUUAUUACCAGCUGAUAAUACAACUACAUCAAAAGUGACAAAUAAGGAAAACACUGUGUUGUCAACCUCUAAACCUUUCAGUUUGGAGGUAUGAGUUUCAUCGUUUAUAUAUUUACAAAAGUCAAGAACGUAAUGUUACAAUUAGCACAUUACUAUUUAUAUUAUAUUAUAUUAUAUUAUAUUAUAUUAUAUUAUAUUAUAUUAUAUUAUAUUAUAUUAUAUUAUAUUAUAUUAUAUUAUAUUAUAUUAUAUUAUAUUAUAUUAUAUUAUAUUAUAUUAUAUUAUAUUAUAUUAUAUUAUAUAAGAUAAUACAAUUAGUCCUUAUUGAAAUUUGUUUUUCUGUUUACUAGGUCCUUUUAAAUUAUCCCUCCGGUGUAGUGAAAAGGAUUCCCAAAGACGACAUCGAUCAAAAAGUUAUAAAGCAAAUUGUGCUGGGAGAAUAUUCGUACGCGGUUAAUGCCUUAUGGGAAAAGAAGGAAGUUAAAGAGCAUAUUCUAAAAAAAAUUUCGAAAGAUAUUUCUACUGAAUGUGAUGGACUGUGUUCACUAACUAAUCCGUCAAUGCUUAGAAUUUCUUCAUCCGAAGCUCUUAAAUGUUUCGACGAAAAGUCUCAUGUGCAGGAAAUACGCGAAAGGAGCACCUAUCCUGGCUGCCAUGGUAGAGGCGGCAAGCGUGACGAAAACAAAGUAUAA